AUGGCUUCAUCAUUCACCAAAGAAGCCAAUUCCACAUUUCGAAAAAUAUACGACCUUUCAUAUGUGGAAGAUUACAAAGACUCUUUUAAUGGUUACUAUGCAGACAUGGAUGGCAAUUUAAACAAAGAGACACUUCCCGAGUUGAUGGCACAUUAUAAGACAAUUGAUCAAAUAAACAGUGAAUGUCCGGACACAGUCAACCCCAGUUAUCAUAAACAGAAUUAUUUAGACGAUUGUGAAGGUGUUUUUGAGAUAAUUCCAAAGAAAAUCUAUCAAGUGCGUCCACGGUCCAUCGACUUUGCCAAUUUCACUGUAGUGAGAGGUAAAACCGGAUGGGUAGUCGUUGAUUGCAUGACAUCAAUGUAUGCAUGUAAGAAGUCAUUUGAUCUUAUUCGGAAGACUGUGGAGGAUGUCAAGAUAUCUGCUAUAAUAAUAACUCAUUCUCAUGGUGAUCAUUAUUUGGGCUAUGAUGCAGUGGGCACCGACACAACUCCAUUGUAUUUGCCCAAUCACUUUAAAGAGAUGUGUUACGAUGAGCAUGUUUGCACUUCACAAGUGAUGGGGAGGCGUGGUGAGUAUCAAAUUGGUGUAUACAACACCUCUCCCAAUAUGGUAGGAAGUUGCUUAGCAGCUGCAAAACUGCCGAAAGUGGAUGGUAAAAGUUACUCCUUUCCACAUUCUGAAAACACUUUUUAUAUCACUGAAAACUGCACAAUGGAAGUCGAUGGAUUAACAGUCGACUUCAUAUUAACACCAGACACAGAAGCUCCAGCAAAUAUGAUGAUGUACUUUAAAGACUACGAGACAUUAAGUGCUGCAGAUAACAUGUUACACUUCUUACACAAUUUAUUGACUCUUCGUGGAGCAAAAGUGCGCAGUGGGAAGUUGUGGAGUAAAUGUAUCGACGACGUCAUUGUGAAGUAUGCUGAGUGUGUCAAACACCACUUUGGAGGACACGACUGGCACUUAAGCGGCAAUGAAAAGAUCAGACACUUUUGGGUGGUGCAAAGAGACAUGUUCAAGUACCAGCAUGACCAAGCUCUGAGAUAUGCCAAUAAAGGAUACACUCCAAAUGAAAUAGCAGAAGUCGUGCAUUUCCCAAGAAGUCUUGAAACUGAACAUUGCUGCAGAGGGUUCUAUGGUAACUUGAAACACAAUUUGAAGUCUCAGUAUAUGAUGUAUCUUGGAUGGUAUGAUAACAACGUCGCACAUUUGAAUGAACUGCCACCUCGAGAACUUUCAGUGAAAUAUGUAGAAGCGAUUGGAGGAGAAGAAAAGGCGUUUUCAAUAGGAAAGUCCGCGUUUGAAAAAGGUGAGUACCGAUGGGCUGCGACUAUUUUAAAUCACAUUGUCUUUGCAAAUAAAACGAAUCAAAAAGCACGAAACUUGUUGGCAGAUGUGUAUGACCAGUUGGGUUAUCAAUGUGAAAGCGCGUUGUGGAUUAACUCUUAUAAUACAGCUGCUACUGAAUUGAGAAAUAAAGACUGGAAAGAGCCAAGACCCAGAGGAGCCGUUUUGAGCGAUUUUCCAAUAUCUGCGUUUUGCGAUUAUUUGUGUGUGUCUGUCGAACCAAAGGUGCUUGGUGAUAUGUUUAAAACAAUUAAAAUUAAAUAUUCUGAUACAAAGGAAGAAAGAAUUGUUAUUGUAAGUAACGGCACUUUGCACGUUAGAGAAUGCUCAGAAGAAGAUACUUUUGAUGCUUCUUUAGAAGGAAAUAGAAAAGAUGUUUGUGACGUUUUUGAAGGAAAGUUGGUGUUUGAUAAUGCUGUUAAAGAAGAUAAAGUAAAAAUAAACGGUAUUGAUAUUAUCAAAAAACUAUUAGAAGCUUCGGAUUUUAAAAUCAAAUAUUACAAUUUCGUGGAACCACAAUAA